GUACAGUUUGACAAAUCGAUUAGAGGUACAGUCUUCUGAAAUAAAAGAGUUUGAGCACAAAUGGAGAAUUCCAGUCCUUAGAAUUGACAACAAAUGGAGUGGAGAGCGUAGUGAAGUCCAAGAAGUUGCUCCUGUUUUGAAUAUUAUUUGUGAGAGGUUAUGGAUGCGGGAUCAAGAGUAUUUAAUAAAACAAGGCCUAGUGCGAUGAUAUAAACAUUAAUCAGGAUCUUCUAGAAUUCAUUCCUGUACAUAGCAAGAAUAGCUGUCCUUCAUUUGCAAUGCCCUCUGUGUAUGUAUCAAUUUUUGUAGUUGUGUAUAGUAAUACAUCACUGAGCGAUUUAUACCUACAGGGAUAUAACCUUUCAUCUCGAAUGCUGUUUCAGAGUUCAGUGCAAUUUUGUAACCAAUGCAUUUUGGCACCUAGUUGUCUGCAACACACUAACCAUGCUCCAUUCACAAGGGCUUUCCAGCCCUCGCAUCUUACGAUCUGGUGGUGUCUCAGAUCUCACUUUGGUGGUUACAUCGUUUUAUAAACUGCCCUCUUUUUUAAGGGAAAUAGUACUGUUAAAGGAAUGUCACUUCAGCUUUUACUACUUAUAAAAUUGCAAAAGUAUUUACAUCACCUUGAUAUAUUUUAUUAGCAAGAGGGUAGCUUUUCUCCUGAUCAGCCCACAUCCCAAUGUUUAGAUUAAUACAUUUCUUGAGUGAUAUUUCUCAGUAUGUGAGCAAAUUUGUAUUUGCUUGAAGAAAAUGGGAAAUAUGAUGAGAGAAUACUUUGAAGAAAUAGAAACUUUACUUGUGUAUGAAAAGAAAUGGUGUAUAUCACUUCGUUGGGCUGCUUUGCUUCGGCUUCUUUAAGCUGUGCCCAUUGCAGCUCCUUUGUUGAUAAAAUCAUUGGCUGAAGCCUAGCCUACUGUUCAACUUACGGAAGACUCUUUAAACCAGUGGCACUUCGCGCCGCUCCGGUAGCAACUGCCCAGUUUGAAUUCUGGAGGCUUCCUUGAAAAGUGCUUUCUUAUAAAAGUGAUUUGGUAAUUAUGCGAUGGAUAAACUCAAGGAUGUUUAUAGUGAACGUGAGGGCCAAAGGCCUGAGCUUCACCGUGAUUUGGAUCCAGGCAAGUAAAGUGAGAAAACAUGCCUUUGAUAGUAAAUUGACAUAAUGUGGCGGGGACAAAGCAAAUGAAGGGCCAGACAUGAAAAUCAACUAUCCAUAAUUUCUAUCAGAGUGCUUAGCUUAAUUAGGAGACCCUUCCCCUCGCCGCCAUUCUUCUCUGAGGGUGUACCAUGUACCCUACUUUAACCAAAUUAUUUAAUCUGAUUUCCAAUACUUCUCUUCCUAUUGGGUUUAUAGUUAAUAAUGAAAUUGGAGAUUAUUUCAAUUUUUCUUUGAGUGUCACCUGUAUUAUGUUUAACAAUUCUGUCAAGAGGGCUGUGAAUUUGCAGACUUAUCUUUUAUUUCCGUGAAUUGUUAUUUUGAAACCAGGAAACUCGGUUCUGCAGCCGUAGCAGUGUUUUGCUUCUGUGUUUGGUUCUGUCCCUUGUCAUAAUUCAUAGAAGUGUGAAUAUGGCUUUUUUCUUUUAAACUUCACUUUAGUAUUCUUCAACGCUUAUUUGGUAGUUCCAAGAUAUAGUUGAUUCUUUCUGUUUUAUGACUGUUUCUCUCUCCUAAAUAAGAGUUCUAGCAGCCCUGGAAGUAAAAAUUAGGCACUUUUUCAAUAGUUUUCUUCUUCCACAACCACUUCACAUUUCUCUGUUCAUUUUCUUGCAAAAGAUAUUGUUUUUGUUAGAAAUAGUUAAAGUCCUUUAUUAUUAAGUUCAUAGUCCUCUUUGCAUUUAGAUUUAGAUUUAUUUAGUCAAUAAAACAUUAAAAACUGUAUGUGAUGUAUGGGAGAGAAGAUUAUCUGUAUGUUUUCUUGAGUUUCAGAACCUCUUCACGUCAUUGUAGCUAUAUAUAGUUGAAAGAUGAGUAAAUGUUGAAAAUAAAUAAAUAAAAAUAAAUUUUAAAAAAUGGCGAGAUUAGCAAUAUUUGAAAAAUAUAGACAUUUUCGUUUCCGAGUUAUAGAAAACUUAUUUGCAUUGGUAAAUGAAUUGCAAGUAUGAUUUUUCUGCAUUGCUAACAAAAUAGUAACUCGCCCUUACCUCUUCUUUUACCAUUACAAGCAAAAGGAGAGUUAAACAAAACGAAGCUACAUUUCAUUUUUACCACUAUUUAGAAUGACCUGGUCUUCAGCAUACACAAGAUUUCUUAUAAAUUUAUUUUUUUUAGAGUUGUUUAAAAUGUUAAAAAGGAUAAAACUUUUUUCUGACCAUUUCUCAAAGCCUUAAGUGACUUAGGUGUAAAUUCUUUGUGCUUCAUUGGAGAGAUUUCUGUAGUUUCAACCCUUAACUGAUAUCAGAAAAGAUAGAAACCAGAAUUUCCAACUCACAUAAUCAUUAUCAGUAUCAAACAUUUUUUGUUAAUAUUAUUGUAUGUGUAAUAAAGUAUCAAGUUCAUAGUAUGUAGCAAAGUUGCAGAGCAAAUUUGCUUUUAACUGUACAUUUAUUUGUACUUGUGUUUUCAAGAGUAAAUGAAGUUUUUAUUUUAUUGUAAGAUUAUUGUAUUGUGUACUAUUCUAAGGUCUUGUAUUUUGUGUUGUUUUUUUCUUGUGGGAGUUUGUUGGAAUAAUUUUGUUUUUAAUUUAUAAAACAAAACAUACAAUUAUAAGAUCAUUAUUUUAUUUGAAAUAAUUGGAAAAUAUUUAAGGCAUUUGGUUUUUACUUUACUGUUUUGUCUCAAACUAUGUGUAGAAUUUUUACCAAAAUAAAUUUUCA